AUGCUGAAACAGAUACUAUCAGACAUGUACAUAGAUCCUGAUCUACUGGCAGAGCUCAGCGAAGAACAGAAACAGAUCCUGUUCUUCAAGAUGAGGGAGGAACAGAUCCGACGGUGGAAAGAAAGAGAAGCAGCAAUGGAAAAGAAGGAGUCCUUGCCAGUGAAAUCCAGACCAAAGAAAGAGAAUGGCAAAUCUGUUCAUUGGAAACUGGGAGCCGAUAAGGAAGUCUGGGUCUGGGUGAUGGGUGAACACCAUCUAGAUAAACCCUAUGAUAAGCUCUGUGAUGAAAUUAUUGCUGAGAGGGCCCAGCUGAAAACAGAGCAGGAAGAAGAAGAGCUCAGAAAAGCUCAAGCCAAAGAAUUCACCAAUAGCUUGAAAACAAAGUCACAAUUCAGUGAUCUACAAGCACCAAAUAAUUGGAAGACUCAGCACAUGGCAAAGAAAGUGACAGAGGAGAAGGAAUUGGGGCAGGGAUCUAGACCAGCACCAGCCCCUGAAGAAGAGAAAAUUCAAUCACCCUCCAGUUCUUCAAGAAAUGUUCAACAAAUGUUGGCAGAUUCUAUCAAUCGUAUGAAGGCAUAUGGAAUUCACCAGAAGAAAGAAUCCAUGAAGAAAAAGGAAGAUGAAGAAAUAAAACAAAUUGAUGAAGAGAGAACCAAGCAGAUUUAUAAGAGCUGGAAAGAAGACUCGGAAUGGCAGGCAUCUUUGAGAAAAUCCAAAGCAGCUGAUGAAAAGCGAAGGUCCUUGGCUAAACAAGCUCGGGAAGACUACAAGAGGUUAUCCCUUGCAGCCCAAAAAGAAAGAAGUGGUGAGGGACUACAGAGUCCCCUGAGUGCUGCACAGAAACCAAAAAGACCCCCUCUUCCACCUAAGCCUCAAUUCCUAAACACAGGAGGAUACCCUGUGAAAUCUCUUGGAAAUAAGGGAGUGGCCAGGACGGCCUCCAGCUCAGCACAGGAGGAAAUCAUCCAGUGGUUUAAAAAGGAUCAGCUACCCCUGCGAGCUGGCUACCAGAAAACGUCAGACACCAUUGCUUCCUGGUUUCAUGGAAUCCUCACACAGAAGAGAGCAAAUGAACUUCUGAGCUCAGGUGUACCGGGCAGUUUUCUAAUCUGGGUCAGUGAAAGGAUCAAAGGCUAUGUGCUAUCCUACCUGUCCGAGGAUGGCUGUAAACAUUUCAUCAUAGAUGCCUCUGCCGACUCUUACAGCUUCCUGGGAGUGGACCAGCUGCAGCAUGCCACCCUGGCAGAUUUGGUGGAAUAUCACAAGGUGGAACCCAUAACUUCCCUGGGGAAAGAGUGCCUCCUUUACCCCUGUGGGCAGCAGGACCAGCUGCCCGACUACCUGGAGCUCUUCGAGUGA